ACGUUGGAUUCAGGCUACACACCUGCACAGGUUAAACAAAACAGUCACGGAAAAGAAAUCCUUUGAAUUGACAAACAUGACACCUGAUCCAUGGAUCAUCAGUCAGUCUGACUAAAUGGGCUCUUGUAGACCGCUCCACCUGAAAAACGACAUGUCAGUAACGUGAUGCCUUACUUAUAUAAUGCGUGUCUCCAGUAUGGGACUGAUGCAGGACUGAAGAGGAUGCUCAGAUACACCUGCUCCAUCAUACAUUAGUUACAACAGUUAGACUGAACUGUAGAAGAGAUUUUAGACUAAAACUAAGUGAAAACGACAAGUGGAGACAACACAAACACAAACGAGCGGAUCAGGGGCAUUUAUGAGAGGAGCCUUUAGCCCUGCAGACCUGUCUGAUCCACAGCACCGGGAGGCAAGAUGCCAGUCCAGAUACCGGAUGACACCGACUUCUUAUCUUUCCGAGAUCAAUGUGAAAGUCAGGAUGGCUGGGUCGCCCGUUAUAAUAAAGGAGGAGUGACGGUGUGGUGUCGAGAUGAGGAGUGCAAAACUGUGCAGAAACUCAAGAUGAGAAUCGUGUGCAAGGACGUGACGGCAGAGACUCUCUACGACGUCUUGCACGACACAAGCUACCGGAAAAAAUGGGACACCAACAUGAUCGACACUUUCGAUAUUGGAAGACUGACAGUUAAUGCAGAUGUAGGAUAUUAUUCCUGGAAAUGUCCGAGUCCAUUGAAGAACAGAGACUUUGUCACCAUGCGGUCAUGGCUUCCUCUUGGCAAUGAUUAUCUCAUAAUCAACUACUCUGUCAAACACCCGGAAUACCCACCAAAGAAGGAUUAUGUCAGAGCCGUGUCUUUACUCACAGGGUACUUGAUCCAAUCCAAUGGAGCAAACUGCUGUACUCUUUAUUACUUGACGCAGGUGGAUCCACGAGGAUCUUUACCCAAGUGGGUAGUGAACAGAGUCUCACAGUUUGUGGCACCAAAGGCCAUGAAAAAGAUUUACAAAGCCUGCCUGAAGUACCCAGAGUGGAAGCGGAAACACGACCCUAAUCUGAAGCCGUGGAGAUACCCGGAGCAGAACACUCUGCCCUGCAUCAGCGUAGCUGACCUGACGGUGCAGAGAGCAGAUUCACUGGAGAACAUCGAUGAGAGCAGUGUGAGUGAGGAGAAGGCCCAGCGCCACAGUGAUGAUGAUGAGACCUAAGAGAGCAAUGUUUUGUGUGCAUGUGAAAGUGAGUGUGCAUCGUUCUCGGUUGAGGAUGGUUCCCUUACACUCAUUCUGUAAAUCAUACACUCCCUUCUUUGGAUUGAACAACAUAACAAUAUAGUGUUUUGCAGAGAUUUAAAGACCUCCAUUCUAUGUCCACACACUGAAGAAGGGUCUGGUUGUAUUAGACAUGUUUAACUGAUACUUUUUAUAGUGUAUGAUGAACUCAUUUAGUGUAAAAUGUCUUACACAGUAUCAAUAAGUACUCUGGAAGCAGUCCCCCUCAGUUGAAAUCACAUUUGGGGGUUGCAAAUAGUGUUGCGAAUCAAAUUGCACUCCGGGGGCACCACAAUACGACCGAAAGGGCACUCUACUAUUAGCAAUUAAAGGGGCGGGGGCUUGAUUCUACUGUUAAAUGUUCUUUAGAUUAUGAAAAUGUUCUUCACACACUUAAGAAAAAACUGGUUCUUUUAAGAACUGUUUAAUGGAAGGUUCUUUGAGGAACCCAAAAAGGGCUAAUCUAUGGCAUCACUGUGAAACCCCCUUUUUGGCACCUUUAUUUUUAAGUGUAUGGAGCACGACUCAUUCUGUCAAAACACAACGUAUAAAACACCACCUUCCAGCCCCAUGUUCUGAGGUGAAGAUUUCCUGUGUGAUGUUGCAGAUAGCAAGGACUUCCUUAAAACCCUCUAGUGUUGUACAGUCAUUUUAGGCCGAAAAAAAAAAAAAAAAAAUUUAAAUUUAAUUAUUUUUUUUGGGGAUUUGUUUCGAAAUAGCUAAAUGGUCGUAAAAAAAAUAUAAUAACACUUGUGUUGUUUGCUGUCAAAAAUGACCGCCUUUGGAAGUUAAUGAGAAAUAAGGCAAAACAAAGAGCAUUUUUUUUUGUGUGUACAAUUUACAAAUCAUCCACGAUGCAGAAAAAAAGUGCACAGCAAUGAAGAGGUGACACUUAAAAAUAUCAAGAGUGCAAAACAGACACACCUACCCCCACCACAGACACACAUAUAUAAACUGGUGUGACUAACACAAAGCAAGUUUUUGCAAAUGAGUACAAAUAAAAUCAAUAAUUUAGCCACAGUGCAGUAGAAACACAGACACCAAAGAAGGGGUUACACUCUAAAACAUCGAGAGUACAAAACAGACACACACACAACACACAACACACUAAUAUACACACACAAAUGAUCUGGUGUGUCUGUAAUAAUAUGGCAAAAUUGAACCAGAAGACUCAAAUAAGAGGUUGAAAUCAGGUUGAUUAACCUUCAUUUUUGUUAAAUUUUUUGUUGAAUUUUGAUGUUAUGUGUAACAAAGUGUCCUUCUCUGUGUUAAAAUUAAUGCAAAAACUGACACUUUUCAAACACACACACAAAAAACUAUAAAUCUUUACAAAAAGUUGCUUUGAGAUUGUCUAAAUAUAUAUCCAAAUCCACAACUUAAUAAAAAUAAGUAUUUAUGUCUAAAAACAACUUUAGCUUUUAUAUAUAGAGAUAUUAGUCUGGGUAAACCCAGCCUGAUCUGCCGGCGAUUUGAUUUCGCUCGGCAACUCAGUCUGGAAACCUGUGCAUUCAUUUCUGCUGCGCUGUUACACUUUUGCGGGAACCAAUCACAGACUGGCUU